ACCAAACAUGUGCAGUGGAGUUGUCAAACCAACGAAGAGGACAACUGAAUUACGCCGAAAGGACAUAAUAAAAUGUCAUCGGUCAUGGAGGGUGUGUCUCGUGCUAUCAGUCUCUUCGCUCUGGAUCUCUAUCGGGCUUUGAGCGCGAGCAACGCUGAGGGAAACAUGUUCUUCUCUCCACUGAGCAUCAGCGCAGCGCUCAGCAUGGUCUACCUGGGAGCCCGAGGAGAGACAGAUGAAGAAAUGGCCAAGGUUUUGUCCUUUAGUUCUGUCUCUGAUGUUCACUCUCAUUUUGAGACCCUCACCUCAACUAUUAACAGUCCAUCAGCUACCUACAUCCUCAAAUUUGCAAACCGUCUCUAUGGAGAGAAGACCUUCAGCUUCUUACCUGAGUAUUUGGAGUCCACUCUGAAGCUGUACCACGCUGACCUUCAGGCUGUGGACUUCAUUGGAGCAUUUGACGAGUCACGACAGCUCAUUAACAAAUGGGUGGAAGAGCAGACAGAGAAUAAAGUUAAAGAUCUUCUCAAGCCUGGAAUGUUGACCGGGAUGACCCGACUAGUUCUAGUUAAUGCCAUCUACCUCAAAGCGAACUGGAUGCACACAUUUAAAGCAACAGAAACUGAAGAAAUGCCAUUUAAAAUAAAUCAGAAUGAGAGCCGGCCUGUGCAAAUGAUGUACCAGAAGAAGAAGUUCCCCUUCAGAUACAUCCCAGAGUAUGAAGUGCAGGUGCUGGAGUUACCAUAUAAACAAAAGGAGCUCAGCAUGUUGAUACUUCUUCCAAAUGAAACUCAGGAUGGCUCUGACCCUCUUCUAAAGCUGGAAAGUGAGUUGACCCUUGACAAGCUGCUUGACUGGACCGAAAGAGACAAAAUGACUAUGAAGAUGACUAUCAAAGUCCAUUUGCCAAAGUUCAGGCUGGAGGUUGAGAACUCCCUAUCAGUAAUAUUGCAAAAGAUGGGUAUGAGCUCUGUGUUCCAGGAAACAAAGGCUGAUCUGACAGGCAUGAGCAGUAAAGGUGGUCUCUUCCUUUCAGCAGUGAUCCACAAGGCUUUUAUUGAAGUCGAUGAGGAAGGCACUGAGGCAUCAGCAGCCAAUGCAGUGUUUUUGUUAGGCAGUUGCCGUCAAACACAAUUUCAGAGUUUUACAGCAGAUCACCCCUUCUUGUUCUUCAUCAGGCACAACACCACUAACAGCAUCGUCUUCCUUGGCAGAUUCAGAGGCCCUUCCUAAAAAUUAACUUUUUCUGUUACACCCAAAUGUGUUUUUCUUUGAAUGUUUUAUCAAAUAACCAAACAUUUCACAAUAUGCAUUUGUUUUUGUAUUCACAAAUGGCAUUUGGAAAGUUGGGGAAUCUCCCUUUAACCACAUCAGUGUUUGAAAAUGAUCUUUAAAUUGUAUCUUUGUCUCAGGUAGUUGUACUACAGAUGAAAAAAUAGACAGCAUAGUAGUGCACUAAAAUGUUUUGUAUUCUUCCUGUUAAAUUUUUUAAUAAAAGCAUAAUUCCCUUUUUCAGAUUUAAAAAUAAUAUAACUAAAUUAGAAUUGAGUUUCAUUAAACAGCAGCAUUAAAACAGUGACAGUGAGGGGAGCUAAAAUCCAAAGAAAUGAUGUUGCUGCAACAUUAUGAUGUAAAACGGUUAUAACGCAGUUCUAUAUAUAGUCUACUAUAGCUUUCUGAGUUAAAGAUGAGAUGGGGUGUGAUAAAGAGAGUGUAUAUUUAGGCUGUUUUCGGCCAUAGCUAUGAUGUACACUGCCUGUCAUACACCAGAGAACUCCAUACAGCAGAAACACACACAGGGAGGGGCCUUCUCAACAACAUACUGUCAUGAUUCUGCCUUCAUGUCCUGACUUUCCUCUAGUCUUGAGGCAGGAUCAUGACAGACCCAUGUUUUGUGUACAAGCACAUGGCCUUGUCUUUGGGCCAUGUGCUUGUGUUGUCUCGUUCCCUUGCCCCGCCCCCCUUGUUAUCCUAGUUGUAGUGAUUGCCGUACCUGUGCCACCUGUUGUGUCUUGAUUAGUUCUCCUAUUUAGAUCCCCUAGUGUGCUCUGUCUUUUGUCGGUUCAUUGUGAUUGUUCUACAUUGUGAUAAGUGUUGCUACAUGUUCCUGUUAUAUUUUGUUACUCGGUGUUGCUCUUGAAAGAAGACGUUGUGAGACCUGUUAUUGUUUAUUUGUAGUGAGUGUUAGAAUCUUUGUUUGUCUUGUCAAGUUAUUUAGUAUCUGCCCUAGUCAUUGUUUUCCCCCUCUUGGGUUUUGUUUUCCCCUUUUUGUGAUUAAUAAACCCUUCGUGUUGUGAUUCCUGUCUGCACUUGAGUUCAUCCCAACCCUCCACACAACAACAUACAGCAAGAGCUCCAUAACAGCUAUUCUCAUUAAACAUUUUCAUGAUAACAUCUUUUAGAAAAUCGAGUGAACAUCUGAACCCGUUAGAAUAAUUUAUAAACUUGUGCAAUUGGGCACAGCAGCGAAGUGCCAACUCAAGAAGAGGACAACCGAAUUACUGCAAGAGGACAUCCUUAAAAAACAUAAAAUGUUACAUUUACACUUGUUGGCACCUAACAGUGUUUUUCGAGAUGGUUGCAUAACAAUGGUAAUCAGCUGGUGUUUGGGUUUUUAUUAGUCGCAGUGUCGUCAGUCAUGUAUGGAA